AUGGGUGGUGUCCUGCAGGUCAUGCUCAUGCUCGCUUUAAGUGUGGAGCUCAUUGUAGGAUUUUUAGGCAAUACAUUCAUGGCACUGGUGGCUUGCAUGGACUGGAGGAAGAGCAGGAAGAUCUCUCCGGUGGAUCGAAUCCUGCUGGCUUUGGCAGUCUCCAGACUUGCUAUGCUGUUGUCUUUCCUCCUGAGCCUCCUGGUGUACCCAGCUUUGAUGGCCACUAGAAAAACUCUAAGAGCGAUGAGCACCACUUGGACCAUUACCAACCAUUUUAGCAUCUGGCUCGCCACCAUCCUCAGCAUCUAUUAUUUUCUCAAGAUAGCCAACUUUUCCAACUCCAUUUUCCUUUAUCUAAAAUGGAGAGUUAGAAAGGUAGUGUUGGGGGCAUUGCUGGUGUCUCUGGCCCUCUUGCUUUUGAACAUUGUAGUUCUAAAUGCACAUGAUGGUGUCUGGACCAAUGAGUAUCUGAGCAACGUGUCCUACAGCUUUAGUUCAAGUAAGUCUGUUCAGUUUCCCACACUGGUGUUUUGCAUCAUCACAGUGUUCACAUUUGUACCCUUUACCGUGUCCCUGGCAGUGUUUCUCCUGCUCAUCUUCUCUCUGUGGAAACACCACAAGAAGAUGUGGCACCAUGUCCCAGGAUCCAAGGAUGCCAGCACUGUGGCCCAUGUCCGAGCCCUGCAAACGACAGUCGCCUUCCUCCUCCUGUACGCCAUUUUCUUCUUUUCUCUUCUUUUGCAGUUCUGGAACUCCAAGUUUCUGCAGGAAGAUAGGAUCAUUUUGCCUCUGGAAGUCAUUGGAACCACCUUUCCCUCAGGACACACAGUUGUUCUCAUUCUGGCAACCAGAAGGCUACGAGAGGCCUCUCUCUCCAUGCUCCGGUGGCUGAGGGGCAUGGACCGAGGCCUGGAGCCCUCAGACUCCUAG